GCCUCAGUCCAGGGGCUACUCGACGCAGGCGUUUUCGACUACGACUGCGCUUAGGGGACCGGUGAAGGAGCAAAUAACUGCGGCCGACGAUGGGGCGUCAGUGCUGUCCUGGUCCACACAAUGUGGCUCCGAGAUCUACAUUGCCACGGCGAAGGGCUCCGAGCGUCCGCUGUCCAAGCAGCUCCCAGGCGGCAAUGGUGGCCUGCGAAUUUGGGAUUAUGCGGACACCGACUCAGCCAUUGCGGAGGCCAUAGGUCUUGCCCAGGGCAUGGAGAACAAGCAUGCCGUGUACAACACUGGUUUUGCCGGUGCCAAGGUCGUGGUGAAUACGACCAGCCACGAGAACAGGCUCACCAUCGACAAGAAGGCCCUCAUGCUGCAACUGGGCCACGUGCUGAACGAUCUCGAUGGCACCAUGUACACUGGUUGUGAUAUGAAUAGCGACCUGGAUGACAUGGAGCUGCUUGCAAGUCAGAGCCCCUAUGUCCUUGCCGGCAUCCCGAACUUGGCGAUGAAUCCAAAUGCAGCAACGGCUCAUGGUGUCCUUGGAUCUCUGGCAGCGCUGGCAGAGCGCCGAUUUGGGGGCUUGCAAGCAAGCAGUUUCGUUGUCCACGGCCUUGGGAAUGUGGGUAGCAUUGUGGCGCGCGAGCUACUUGCGUCUGGUGCAACCGUCAGUGUCUAUGAUGUUGACCCAGAACGGAUGGCAAUACCAGGCACCUGCAGCGGCGGGGAAGCUUACCCACGAAUCUUCGUUUGGUUGGGAAAGAGCAAGCCUGCUUGCUAA